CAAAAAAAAAACAAAACAAAAACAGAGCAAGAAGAAGAAGAAACACAGCCAUGGAAGAAUCAGAACAAGCUCUUCCUCUGUUAACAAAACCGAAAGAUCAGAAAAACUCAUCCUCGGGCUCAUCAUCUUCAUCAUGCGAAACCAGAGACGAAACAGAGGGUCUCUGUUUACCAAUCUCCGGCGACUCAGGAGAAGACGAAGAGAACUCACCAAUUCGACAAGUAGCACUCACCGUUCCGACAACAGACGAUCCUUCAUUACCUGUCUUAACAUUUCGUAUGUGGGUCUUAGGAACUCUCUCCUGCAUCCUCUUGUCGUUUCUCAACCAGUUCUUCUGGUACAGAACAGAGCCUCUCACGAUCUCCGCAAUCUCCGCCCAAAUCGCCGUAGUACCUCUCGGUCGACUCAUGGCUGCUAAAAUCUCCGAUAGAGUUUUCCUUCAAGGGUCAAAGUGGGAAUUCACCUUGAAUCCAGGUCCAUUUAAUGUUAAAGAGCAUGUGUUGAUCACAAUUUUCGCUAACGCCGGAGCUGGAUCUGUCUACGCAAUUCACAUUGUCACCGUUGUGAGGGCGUUUUACAUGAAGAACCUAACGUUCUUCGUAUCUUUCAUCGUUAUCGUUACCACCCAAGUGUUAGGGUUUGGUUGGGCCGGAAUAUUCAGGAAAUAUCUUGUUGAACCGGCGGCGAUGUGGUGGCCGGCGAAUCUUGUUCAAGUUUCACUUUUCAGGGCGUUGCACGAGAAAGAAGAACGGACCAAAGGAGGGCUGACACGUACACAGUUCUUCCUGAUAGCAUUCGUUUGCAGUUUCGCGUAUUAUGUGUUUCCGGGCUACUUGUUUCAGAUAUUGACGUCAUUGUCGUGGAUUUGCUGGUUCUUUCCAGCAUCAGUCAUGGCCCAACAGAUCGGGUCGGGUCUUCACGGGUUAGGUGUUGGAGCCAUUGGACUCGACUGGUCAACCAUCUCCUCUUACUUGGGUAGUCCACUCGCUAGUCCAUGGUUUGCUACGGCUAAUGUGGGUGUGGGAUUUGUGCUGUUGGUCUACGUUUUGGUACCGAUAUGCUAUUGGCUCGAUGUGUAUAAGGCCAAGACCUUCCCUUUAUUCUCGAGCUCUCUUUUUACAAACGAAGGUUCAAAAUACAACAUCACAUCCAUUAUAGACUCUAAAUUCCACCUUGAUCUCCAAGCUUACGAGCGUGAAGGCCCUUUGUAUCUCAGCACUUUCUUCGCCAUUAGUUACGGUGUUGGCUUUGCCGCUUUAAGCGCUACCAUCAUGCACGUUGCUCUCUUCCAUGGAAGAGAGAUAUGGGAGCAAAGCAAAGAGAGUUUCAAAGAGAAGAAACUGGACAUACACGCGAAGCUAAUGAAAAGGUACAAGCAAGUCCCGGAGUGGUGGUUUUGGUGCAUACUCGCUACCAAUAUUGGAGUCACAAUCUUUGCUUGUGAGUAUUACAAAGACCAACUUCAGUUACCAUGGUGGGGUGUUCUUUUGGCAUGUACAAUCGCUAUUAUCUUUACACUUCCUAUUGGUAUCCUCACCGCCAUAACCAACCAGGCUCCAGGAUUGAACAUUAUUACGGAAUAUAUCAUAGGAUAUAUCUAUCCAGGAUAUCCAGUUGCAAAUAUGUGCUUUAAAGUAUAUGGAUACAUAAGCAUGCAACAAGCCAUCACUUUUCUUCAAGACUUCAAACUUGGUCAUUACAUGAAGAUUCCACCUAGAACCAUGUUCAUGGCACAGAUUGUUGGAACACUCAUCUCAUGUUUGGUUUACCUCAUAACGGCUUGGUGGCUAAUGGAGACCAUCCCCAACAUAUGUGAUUCGGUUUCUAAUUCAGUUUGGACAUGUCCAGGAGAUAAAGUCUUCUACGAUGCAUCUGUGAUAUGGGGACUUAUUGGACCACGUAGAAUAUUUGGAGAUCUUGGUUUAUACAAAUCAGUUAAUUGGUUCUUCCUCGUGGGCGCUAUUGCACCGGUUCUUGUUUGGUUAGCCUCAAGGACGUUCCCUAGACAAGAAUGGAUCAAGCUUAUAAACAUGCCGGUUCUUAUUAGCGCAACAAGCUCGAUGCCACCGGCAACAGCCGUGAACUACACGACGUGGGUUCUUGCUGGAUUUUUAUCCGGAUUUGUUGUGUUUAGGUACAGACCAAAUCUAUGGCAGAGGUAUAAUUAUGUUUUGUCAGGAGCGUUGGAUGCUGGAUUAGCAUUCAUGGGUGUUUUGCUUUAUAUGUGUUUGGGACUUGAGAAUGUGAGUUUGGAUUGGUGGGGAAAUGAGCUUGAUGGUUGCCCUUUGGCCUCUUGUCCAACCGCGCCUGGUAUUAUUGUUGAAGGUUGCCCGCUAUAUACAUAACCAAAAAAGCGUUUGCGUUUCAAUUCGAUUGGCAAAUGGCAAAGGCCUUUGCAAUGAUCAAGUUUGGCUGUGGAUUUGGUGGGGGGAAAUGGCGGCUGUCUCUAGCCUAUGUUUGACAAAGAUAUAUCAUUGUUUCCCUUCAUUCUCAUUUACGUUGGGAGAUUGCUUGUGUAUAUAUAUUGUAAAGAUGAUUAAUUACUAGGGAGGGAUAUUCAACCGUUUGGUUUGAUUGGUUCUAUUAUUUUUAUUCUUCUAUAAUUUUAAUUCUGUCUUGAACUUUUGAAUUUCA